AUGUUACCUCCUCAACCACAACAACAACAGCAGCAGCAAGGGUUCAUGAACCCUCCUGAUAUCCACACGAUCGCUCAACAGGGUUAUUUGGUUCAACAACAACAACUCCAAGCGUUGCAAAUGCGUCAAGCUCAACAAGCUCAGAUGGCGCAGAUGGGACAAGCUGGACAAAUGUCUCAAGUUCAACAAAUGCAAUUACAACAGAUGCAGCAGAUGCAAAUGGCGCAGAUGACACCGGGACAUGUUCAAUCGAGUGGGUCGUCGAAGAAAAAGGCCAAGCCACGUCCAUCACCGGCAUCUCAAAUGUUACCACGAGCAGCACCUUCAAUGUUACCUCCUCAUCCACCUGAACAUUAUCUUCGUAAUGCCAUGCAACCACCUCCACAACAUCCACCUCAUCCCGUAAUGUUGGAAGCUCCUGAACCUUGGGCAGACGCUUUGGAUGAGAUAGAUUCUAGGGAAGUGGCCAUGAGUAGGUUUAGAGCGAGACAGGAGAUGUUAACAGAAGUGUUCUCCCCGGAUCCUAUUAGAAAAAGAGAUCCAUGGGAAGGAUUAGGUAUGGAUGGAGAAACAUUAGAAGCUAAAGUUCUCGUUUUGGAGAAAGAGAACGAGACACUCGAAAUUGCUAUCAACACUGCUAGUACUUUUGAAAGACCACAAGAUCCCACACCUGUAGCUUGA